UCAACCCUCUCUCUCUCUCUCUCUCUCUCUCUCUCUCUCUUCACACUCUCUUCUCUUUAAAGCCUCCUCCUCCUCCUCUUUCUCUCCCCCCUCCACAAAAACCCAAUUCUCUCAUUAAUCACUUUCCCCUCAGUUUCUCUCUCUAAAAAACCCUAACAAGCAUGUCCAUCCCCAUCCUCUCCCUCUCCCUCUCCUUGUCUCUCCUCCUCUCUCUCUCUUUGGCUUGCGAUCGAUGCAUCCACCAAUCCAAAGCGACCUCGUUUUCCUCCUCCCUACCCCUCUCUGCCGGAGCUUGCGGGUACGGCGCCAUGGCUUUGGGCUUCAAUGGUGGGUUUGUCGCCGCGGGGAGCUCCGCGGUUCACCGGGGAGGUGUUGGAUGCGGAGCUUGUUUUCAGAUAAGAUGCAAGAACGCGAAGUGUGAACAAUGGAGGGUGAAGGUGAUCCUCACCGACCUCGAGGACAAUCGCACGGAUUUUGUGCUUAGCGGCGGUGUUUUCGCGGCCAUGGCCCGCGAUGGGAUGGCCGCCAGUUUAACAAGCUCGGUAGUAGAUGUCGAGUACAAGCGGAUACCGUGCGAGUACAAGAACAAGAACCUGUCUAUUCGGGUGGAGGAGGGUAGUAAAUAUCCCAACAACUUAUCCAUCAAAUUCCUUUACCAAGGGGGUCAAACUGAUAUUGUUGCCGUAGACGUCGCUGAGGUGGGUUCAUCUAAUUGGCGGUUCAUGAGCCGGGAGUACGGACCGGUCUGGAGCACGAACCGGGCCCCGGCCGGUCCGGUCCAGCUCCGGAUGGUGGUGACGGGGGGCUACGACGGGAAGUGGGUGUGGGCCGAGCGAGAGGUGCUCCCGGUCCACUGGGCCCCCGGCUCGGUCUACGACUUGGGCCUCCAAAUUGCUGACGUGGCACAGGAGGGGUGCUACCCCUGCGACACGCGAGAGUGGAAAUAGUAGAUAUAAAUACAUGGAUUCGGGAAAUUUCAAUCUAGGUCCCCCACUUUCAAGAUAAUUACAAAAAGUCCUUAAUUAUUUUUUUUUUUUGGAAAAGAAAAAAGCACCACCUUUUAUGUGAGUUUAUAAAUCUUAAGCUUUUCUUUCGAGAAAUGACGCUCACGUAGCUGGGACUUUUAUGAAGGAAAAAUUACCAAUUUAAGAAGCUUAAUAUAUAAAAAGAUAGAAAAUUAAUUAAGGACUUUUUUUGAAUUGUUUGAGAAGUAAGGGACCAACAGAUGAAUUUCCCUUAUUAGAUUCUUUAAGGAACGUCCCUCGUUCUUUCUUCUUCUAAUUAAGAAGACGUGGGAGACUAACACACUGGGACUCUGUAUUAAUCUUUUUGUCUCUUUCCCCCUCCCCCUUUUUUAUUUUCUCCUUUUGUCCCUUUCUUUUUUUUUCUUGUUUUUUUUUUUUUCUGUACAUUGAAUGAGUAAUGUAAUAUAAAAAUAUCCGAGGGCUUAAAUAUCAAAAAGUCCGGCAUUCUAAGCAA